ACAUCUAUUGCAUAACCAUGCGUUGUUGUAAGCAUAGAUUGUGCUGUUCCAUAACUUCAAUUUGUUUGAUAACUUGUGGAUUUGUACUCACAGUGGCAAUGGCAGUUUGUAUUCUGGCUAAAACAUUCGAUAACCUAAUAAAAGAAAAAAUAAAAAAGAAUGUGGAACUGAAAGAAGGUUCAGAAACUUUGAAGGACUGGAAAUCGCCAUCCUCACAAGUGUACAUGCAAUAUUUUAUGUUCAACUUAUCAAAUCCAAGUGCUGUGAAGAAUGGUGGCAGACCAUCAGUCAAACAAAUUGGACCAUAUUCUUACAGAGAACUUCGUCAUAAUGUUCCACGUUACUUCAACCACAGUGCUGAUACGAUAGUUUAUUUCUCAGAGAAAGCUUACGUUUUCGACUCGACCACUUCGUGUGCCGGCUGUGAUCCCAUUGUUGAUAAGAUUCAUACUAUUAACAUUCCUUUAUUGAAAAUAGCGCAGUUAAUUGAGAAGAUUUUGAAGUUACUGCCAAGUUAUAAAGCACUUAUAUUACCCGAAAUAAAUGAAUUUCUCAACGCCAACGACAAGGUGUUUGCUCCGAGAACAGUGAAUGGGUUGCUCUGGGGUUACGAGGAUCCCAUUCUGGAUUAUCUAAAAAAUUUCACAUCAAAACUUAACAAAACGCUGGCAAAACAUGGCUUCAAAUUGCCCAUCCCGACAGUGAAUCCAAUUAUUAAGCUGCAGACGAACAACUCCAAUACCACUGCUGAAAUUCAUACUGGUGUUGGAGAUAUCAAUCGAAUUGGUCAAUACGUAUCUUACAACAACUUCAGACUAUUACCAUGGUGGCAUACAAAGUGGGCAAAUAUGCUCAAUGGGACAGAUGCUUCUAUGUUUCAUCCUGAUAUAAGCGAAAAGGACAAGCUAUAUACUUUCGUCAGCGAUGUUUGUAGGUCAUUAUACCUCAUUUUCAAGACGACAACUGACGUUCACGGGAUACCUUUGUACAAGUUUUAUACUCCUAAGAAGUUAUUCAAAUAUACACCUGACGUUCGAGCAGGAUUUUGUGCUCCUAAUAAAACGUGCGUUCCCGAUGGUCUGUUGGAUAUCAGCGUGUGUCAACCAAUGCAGGUUCCUAUUGUUGUGUCUCUUCCGCACUUCCUGUUUGCGAAUGAAUCUGUCAUAAAAUCUGUUGAUGGAAUGCAUCCAAAUGAAGACGACCACGCAACAUUUGUCUCAGUUGAACCGAAUACUGGCAUUACGAUGAAGGCAAGCAAAAGGAUCCAGAUCAAUGUGAAUGUAGACAAAGUUGAUGAUAUCGACGAAUUAAAAAAUCUUAAGAAAGUUUAUCUCCCUGUAUUAUUUGUGAAUGAGAGUGCUGUUAUUAGUGAAAGUGAUGCUGAAAAGUUCAAGAAGGAUGUUCUUUUGCUCAUAGAAAUUCUAAAUAUAGGAAAAUAUGUCUUGCUUGGUGUCGGAUGCCUUAUGAUGUUAAUCGGUUUGUUAUUGCUACGUUACCAAAGAAAGUUAAAGAAUGAUAUUUAUUCGGAAUCUACAGUUCAAGUACAAAGUCAUAGUGAUCCUAGCAGUGAGAAAUCUCCCCUUUUGCAACCAGCACAAAAUUAUGUCACGUGAAGAAUAGACAUAUACACAUCGAAAAUUAUUAAUUAGGUAUGAUUUGGAAAAAUGUUAAUCAGUGACAUGUUAUUAAUUCUCGUUAUAAACUUUACUUACAUUAAUUAUACAUCUAUACGAUGCACUAAGUAUAGAAUUAUCUGGUUUGAAGUAUCUUUUUGAGCACUGUUUUUCGGCAGUCGAGGUUCAUUUACUUAAUUUACCUGGCCGUGAGCCUUUUGUUCAGUGAACUACUUCAACCGGCAAGUAAGGCAAAAUGGAACACUUAUUAAACUCUGCCACUACGAACAGGUGAAGUAGCUGAUACAAAAUGUGUGUGAAAAUUACAUCUCACUGUUUUUAUCAGUGAAAACAUAUUUUUCAAAAUGAAAACGAAAAUUUACGAAAACUGGUUAUAAGAAAGAAUUCUAGUUAUUCUACUAUGAUGCAUU